GCUCCGGCCAAGAUGGCGGUGUGAUGAGCGUGUGGAGAGUUGCCGCCGCCCCCGCGGGAGUUUUGUAUUUUCCUAAUGGCGAGUAAACGGCGGGCGGCAGCAAACGUGGAGGAGCUUCGCCUCAAGAGUCCCGCGAGGAGGAGGAGGAGGGGGAGCAGGCGAAAGACUGCCGCCGCGGCCGAGGGUGCCCAGGAAGCCAAGGGAGGCGAAGCGGCGGGAGAGGCCCCCGCCUCCCCCCGGGGCCCUCCAGAAACUAACUCAUAUAAGACUCCCAAAAGAACACGAGCAGGCAGGUCACGCUUGCCAACGUUCAGUUCUCCUGCAAAUGAAACCGAUGUGCAGCAAGAGAUCUUCUGGGAUCCUCAGUCACCAAUUGCAUAUAAGCUGGGCAAAGAACAAAAGAAGCAGACAGUUAAUAGACACACAGUUGAAAUCUCAGAAAUAGUAAAUCGGAUUGCUCCCCAGGAUGAAAAACCUGCCUGUCAUGAAGGAAAUCUUCUUGGGUUUUGGAUUGGAGAUGAUGCAAUUCCUUGUACUCCGGCAAUUACAAAAGUACGAUCAAGAAGAAAAGUAAAUGGUGCCAGAGGCCGCCAGUCAAAACACAGAGAAGAGGAACUUAUGGAACUGGCAAAGCAAUUUGACAAAAACCUAACAGAUGCCAUCCAAGAUCAAACUUCUUCAUGCCACACCAUUAUCCACACUACAUCUGAAGCAGAAAAGUCUACUGAACAUGAGGAUGAGCCUUGGAUGAAAAAUCAACAGGAGUUUCUUGAAGGAAAUCCUACCUUUCGGGCUGUUGGCAGGAGCACCAAGGCUCUUGAGCCCUGUGAAGACAGUAGGCAGGAACCCUUCAGUCUUGAUGCUGAAAUAGCGCUUAAUGAACUUUUUGAUGGCCCCACUCAGAAAUGUAGUGGUGGGCUCAGCCAGGGUCUUUCAGAUUGUUCAUCAAACUCAAGUUUCCAUGAAAAUCAAUACAUGCUCCUGGAGGGGGAUAAUAUUACAGCUGCUAGUAAACAAACAAUUGGAGAAGCACCUCUGAGGGGGGAAGGCACUGCAGUGCUGCUUACAGAAUGUUUGUCAACUAUUCCCGCUUCCAAUUCUAUCGGGUCUUCUGAAAAAACAGCUCCAAAAAUCAGUUCUUGUACGACUGGCUCUGUUGUCUCCAGUAAAGUGGACCAAAUUGCCAAUGAUGACUUUGAUGACUGGGGAGAUGAUUCAUUUCUUAUGCAAAUUACCCAGAAUCCUGAAUUGAUAAUUAUCCAUGAAAGUCCUUUAUCUCAUGUUUCUGAUAAAAAUGUGGAACAAAAAGAAAGUACUGUAGUUUCUGCUCAGGGGGCACUGCUUCAUUCGUUUAAGACUGACCCAAAAUUAUCUGCUUUACAGAAGCAAAGCAUUGAUAUAGGAAAUACAGAGAGAGUCGUUCCGCAUAGUAAUCUUACUAUAAAAACUGAGAAGACAAAAUUCAUUUCAGCAACAGGAGAUAACAAAAUCACUUGCUAUAAUCCUCUUCCAGUGAAAUCAGGAACCAAGAGCAAACAAGAGGGAUUUACUCAACUCAAAUGUCCAGCCAGUGGAAGUAUUCCUGAAAAAAGAUCUCUUUCUGUUUCAGAACCAUCUGCUCUUCCUAAACCACAGAUAGGAAAAUAUGGAAGCAGUAUGUCCAGUACCAACCAUCAGUCAUCUUUUGUUUCUCCCAGCAUGAAGGCUCUUAGCAUCAGGAAAGCAAGUGGUCCAGACAGUGCAUGCCAUUUGAUGCAGAAAGAAUUGCCCAAGAAUAGUGCAUUUUCAUUUGAUGACUGGGAUGAGCCCAAGUUCUCAGAUGACGUUUUAGACUUAUUUUGUGAAUCGGAUAGUCUUUGGGACACACACGGUGAUGAGGACGAUGAUUUGCUUUGUCAAGUCUGUGACGAUGUGGAAAAAAACACUCUGAGCCAAAAGGGGGUGAAAGAGAAGGAAAAAGCCAUGCCAACAUUGGGAAGGGCUUCCAAGUUGGAAGCACGUAGUUGCUUCACAGGAGCCAAUCAAGAGAUUUCUAAUUGCCCACUGAUCCAGAAGAGCCAGAAUGGGAGGAAGACCUUCUCCUUGGGAACUCCCGUUAAAAUUGCAACACUGCCAAAGAAUGAGAACUGUACAAAUCCUGUGCAGCCUAACUGGCAAGCCUUUAAAACUGAGAGCACAAACUGCAUUCGAGGAAAAUGGUCCAGAUCUCAUUCGGUGCCCGGAGGAGACUUUAGUUCUGGAUCAAGCUCAGCUGUUCGCUCAGAUGGUUGUUUAAAUCACAGUAAUGUACAAUGGCAGAAUAGCCUAAGUAACAUGGACAGAGUGCCAAACAACAGCAAUAUUAAUCAGCCGCCAUCUGAGAAGUCAAAAUAUGUGUUCAGGAAGACUAAUCCUUCUCAAACCCUUGCUUUGGAUUAUAGAAGUGUAAACAUAGGCCAGACUUCAGAAACUCUUCCAGGAUUGGGAGAAAACAAGAAUGCACCCAACAUCCAAUGUCAAACAGCAAAUCAGACAAACACGAAGCCACCUUUUAAGAGGCACCUCUCUGAUUGCCUUGCACAGUACAAAACAGAACAGAAAAGUACAAAAUGUUCUCAAGAAGAAAUUGCAAGGAAGAAGCAAGAGGCUCUUGAGCGGAGAAGAUGUAAAAUGCAAGGCUUGCUCAAAAAUACAGCACCUACCUGAGUGGGCUCAAUACAUUGAAUGGGGAGGAAUUAUUGACAGCUGGGCAGAAUAAUAAUUAAAACCACUAAACUGUCAACAGGUUUUCCAGGUAGUGGAUUAAAAUUUCAGCAUCUGAACCACUGUUAACGAAUUCUUCUCCACUCUUUGUGAAUAGUCAUUUGAUUAUGUCAGAACUAAGACAGUGCCAGCUUUAAU